CGGGAAGUUCAUAAAUUGUCGAUGUGACGCACCAAUCGUUUUAUGACAAAUUGACCUUCAAGUGCUCAGUAACUUUCAUAGUUAGGCGAAGUUACUGGAGAGUUGCCGCGUACUUCAUAGUGUAGAGUGGUUGCGUACUACUAAUCUGCGUUUGUAGGUCAUCAUUUUCGUCGUUCUUGAAUCGAUCUAAUAAACUUCUACCAUACAUUUGGAACCUUAUCCAAGUCACGGCAAAACCUGUUCCCAUUUAAGGUGGACACCUACCAACAGACUUUAAAAGAUGCAGAACUUUUCGCAUACAAUAUGGAUGGGUGACCUGGAACCUUACAUGGAUGAAAUGUUUAUUAAACGAGCUUUCGAGACAUCGGGUGAAAAUAUAGUCAGCGUAAAAGUUAUCCGGAAUAAGGCAACUGGUCAAACUCUUGGUUAUGGUUUUAUAGAAUUCGCUAAUUCAACAUCUGCUAGAGAUGCAAUGCUUAAGUUGAACGGCAAGCUAAUUCCUGGAGCUCCAACAAGAAGAUUUAAACUUAAUCAUGCUAGUUAUGGAAAAGAUAGCACUUCUAGUAAUGAAUGUUCGUUAUUUGUUGGUGAACUAACGGAAGAUGUUGAUGAUCUUGCUUUAUUCAAUGCUUUUAAAAAGUAUCCAACAUGUCGUUCAGCUAAAGUUGUGAUGACAAACGGCAAAUCUCGUGGAUAUGGCUUUGUUCGUUUCUUAACUGAAUCUGAUAUGGACAAAGCAUUGAUUGAAAUGCAAAAUUAUUGUGGUUUAGGCUAUAAACCGAUUCGAGUGAGUCUUGCUAUACCAAAGCGUUAUAAUGCAGAUGGAAGUUUGGUUGUUACUACUACAGCAUCUGAGACAAGUUCAGUGGUUCCAAGUGGUAUGCCUGAUCCAUUCACUGCUGCAGUUGCAGCUGCAGUAACAGGGAAUUCUGCAGCUCAAGCAGAAUACUAUCAAGCUUAUCAACAAUACUAUCAACAAUAUUAUGCUUCUCAAUAUGCAGCUCAAUUUUAUUCCAGUGAAUCAUCUACCAAUGGUGAUUUAACUAAUUCUGGAAUAACAUCCAUUGCUGGUGGUGGUACAUUGAUAGGCGAUGCUACAGUUCAGCAACAUGCAUUUGUUGAUGCAGCUGCUUCACAUUUAUACGCUAGAGCACUUCAACAAGGCACUGGUUCACAAGAAUAUGCUCCAGAACCACAUGUUUUGUCAUCAGCUUGUGAUCGUCCACGACAUGUAGAUGAUUUAGAUGAAGUCUUCAAUUUUCUGGAGGCAUCACGAUGGCAUGUCACUGACCCAUCACUAGGAUUGUUUAUUAAAAUAAGACCAUAACUACUAUUCAUGUUUUAUUCCUGGUAGAGUUCAUUGUGUCUCCAUAAGUUUGAAUAAAGUGUAUUGAGUUUUUCUAUUUUAAUUAUUCAGUGUAAAUACAUUUGAAGUUUAUAUAUA